UCUGUCACAGGGUGGGGCAUGGACCGUAAAAAGGAACGAUGAUUCACGUCCUGAUCUCACUACAACAAGCAUAUUGCUGCUAGUGACACAAUGGCGGAGUGGAAGGAGAAAUGCGAAAAUGAGUACCAUCUGAAGUCCAGCGGAAUUUCCAUGCCCGACAGUGUUGACUGGAAGUUAGUCUACGAACGUAAACCCCUUGGACGAAAUUUACUGAAGAAUCCUGCUCCUCACGGCGAGACUCACCAUGAGCCACCACCAGAGCCAGAGCUGUCUGAGGUUCCACCAGACUACAGCAACGCACCUCCACCCUCCGAGCCUAAAGGUGACUAUUCAGGAUGGACCAAAAGUAAAGGGGAGAUGUUGUAUGAAAAUGUGAAUGUACCUGCCGGUGCUGUAGUGUGCCACCUUCCCCAGUUCAGCUGGCUAACCCUGGAACAGCGUGUGGACCUCUUAGAAGAGGGGUUAUGGCCAGAGCUGCUUGAUGAUUUCCAACCAGACAUUGCAGUCGAAGAUUGGUAUGAGGAGUCUCAGCUGCAUGAGUCCAUCUACCAGCUUCAGGUGAGGCUGCUGGGCAGUGAUGGUCAGACGGUCAUCAGUGAGUUCACUAGCAACCCCCGAGAGGACCUGGAGAACUACUCCCAUACCUGGAAACAGGUUUCCCACGUCUUCUCAGGGUACGGCCCAGGAGUUCGAUACGUUCACUUCCUGCACAGAGCGAAGAACAGCUUCAUGGUUGAAUUCCACUCCACCCUCGUCACUGGCAGCUCUGUCAUUGUGAAGCCUUCCAAGUCAACUUAAUAUGACAGCAUGAAGUCAACAAGGCCGCACUGUACUGAUUCCAGCCGUGCCUCUUCCUUGCUUAUCCAGACACUAACAUACAAAACACACUCCAAAUAUCCAAACCAACCCAAAAAUCACAAAAUGAAAGACAUUUGAUGUCUGAUUUUGUGUUGUUGAUGGGUCACUGCAAUUAAUACAGUUAAUGUUCAAAUGUAUAUGCUUUCUUUUAUCAUUACAUUUAUAUAGUUUAAAGAAUAUGCAUGUUGAUCCAAGCUUUUAGAACUACCUAUGAUAACAAUGUAAAGGCAGAAUAAAAAGAUGGGAUUUCUUAAUUUUGUACCGCA